GUUCAUAACAAAAUAUUCAUCACCCCUUUACUGAGUUCCAAGAAUGGAGGAGACACCAUUAUUGGUUAUGGAAGAAUCUACCUCAGAGGCUGAUUACAUGGCAGUGAAGAGCUUCAAGGAUGUCAAAUUUGUGUUGCGCAUAGAGACAGUGAAGUUAUGGAAGAUUGCAGCACCAAUGGCACUCUCAUCACUCUUUAAUUUUCUCACAAUUUCAUCACUCAACAUAUAUGCUGGCCAUCUUGGAGACAUUGUUCUCUCUUCAAUAUCUCUUUACUUUGGUGUAAUCAGUGCCAUCUAUUUUACUUUGCUGGUUGGUAUGUCAUCUGCAUUAGCAACACUAUGUGGACAAGCUUAUGGAGCAGGGCAAAUUCAAUCCACUGGAAUUUAUGUCCAAAGAUCAUGGAUUGUGUUAGUUAUGACCUGCAUAAUCCUCUUACCAACUCACAUAUAUGCAACAGAAAUCUUAAAGUUUCUUGGCCAAGACAAAGAAAUAGCAAAUCUUGCAGGCAAGUAUGCAAUGCAAGCAAUUCCCACCAUGUUCUCCUAUGCUAUUGUUUUUCCAAUUCAAAGAUUUCUUCAAGCACAGAGCAAGGUCAAUGUGAUCAUGUUCAUGUCACUUGUGUCACUAAUACUACAAAAUCUGUUGCUUUAUAUAUUCAUCUAUGCAAUGGAAUUGGGUACAACAGGGUUAGCUAUGGCCAAUAACAUCACAUGUUGGUUCAGUCUCUUGUUGUGUAUGUUGCUGGUUGGUGCAAGGAAGGUUGGAGUGGUUUUUCUUGGUUGGCUUUCAAAGAUUUGUGGCCAUUUACUUGGCUAA